AUGCUAUCGGCAACUGGAGAGAACUUACAAGAUGAAAACCCAACGGUCAAGUUCGUGGUGAAAGUAGAGCAGGAUAAGCCUGAAAAAAAAUCCCGGAAAAGAAAACUGCGGCUUCCAUCGAUUAAAUGUCCUAGAUGCAGCCUGUGUAUAAGAAUUCCUAUUAUUAUGUUUACCAUCGCAGCAAUAUGCUUACUUGUAGCAGCAGCGUAUUAUAUGCUAGCAACUGGCGAGUCGACGCCUCUUCAGCAGGCAGUUAACGAGACAGCGAGUAAUAUGACGGAGGCUGGCGGUUCGGGGUAUAACCCACCGAAUAUUACCAUGCCGAAUAGUACCAUGCCGAAUAGUACCAUGCCAAAGGCCGACUAUAUACCAAAGGCUAACAAUAUACCGAAUAUUAACCUACCAAAGGCCGACUAUAUACCAAAGGCUAACGAUAUACCGAAUAUUAACAUACCAAAGGCUAAUAUGUCGAACAUUAACAUACCAAAGGCUAACAAUAUGUCGAACAUUAACAUAACAAAGGCUAAUAUGUCGAACAUUAGCAUACCAAAGGCUAACAAUAUGUCGAACAUUAACAUAACAAAGGCUAAUAUGUCGAACAUUAGCAUACCAAAGGCUAAUAUACCGAAGGUUAACAUAACAAAGGCUAAUAUACCGAACAUUAACAUGUCGAAUAUUAACAUACCAAAGGCUAAUAUACCGAAGGCUAAUAUACCGAAGGUUAAAAUACCAAAGGCUAAUAUACCAAAGGCUAAUAUACCAAAGGCUAACAAUAUAACGAAGAUUAACAUGCCGAAGAUUAGCAUGCCGAAGAUUAGCAUACCAACGAUUAAUAUGUCGAGGAUUAACGAGACGGUGAAUAAUCUGCUGGGGGGUAAAAUGCCGAGUUUUAACGAGCCGACGUAUAAUAUGCCGGGGCUUGAGGGGAUAGUCGAUAUCGAUGAGUUUUUAAAUGAGGUUCAGGCAGUCUGA